AUGAGUGGUGAUUUGUUUGGUAACGAAGGUACAGAUCCUUGGAGUCUACCGACAGCUAAAAACACCUGGUCUACAGAAGAUGAUAAUGACAUUCCAAGUAAUAAUAAUGAUGAUGCAUUUACAAAUAAUAAUAAUAAUGACAAUGAUGAUAAUAAUGAUGAUGAAAUUGAUGAUCCACUGAAUGGAUUAGGAAGUGGUGGCUCUUCAAUUCAUACAGGUCGUGCAGUUUUCGAAGAUACUAGAAUUGUAUCAAGUAUAAACCCCCUUGAUUCAAAUAAUUUAGAAGAUUCUGAAAAUAAUUUACACAAGAGUAUUUGGGAUGAUGGAAAUAAUGAUAUAUUAGCAGAACCUCUUAAUGUUAAUACAUUAACUGGGAAUAGUGAAAAUCAUGGUUUAAGAUCUAAAGAUUCAAAUGUUGAUUUUUUCAGUUGGUGUAAUGCAAUUAGGAAAACAUUUGAUCCAUUAGCAAGAGAUAUAAUUACAAUCUCUGAAAUCCCAGAAAAGGAAGGUUUAUUAUUUAAACAUACAAAUUACUUAGUGGCACAUCUUGUUCCAUUACCUGAUACUGAUGCAUCAAAUGAUAGGAAAGUUAUAAGACGUUAUAGUGAUUUUGUUUGGUUAUCAGAAAUAUUAUUGAAAAAAUAUCCAUUUAGAUUAAUUCCAGAAUUACCUCCAAAAAAAUUAGCAUCGAAUUCUGAUCCUCAAUUCCUUGAAAGAAGAAGAAGAGGACUUUCAAGAUUUAUAAAUCAAAUUAUAAAACAUCCAAUUUUGAAAACAGAAUCAUUAGUAUUAAUGUUUUUAACAGUUCCAACAGAUUUAUCGAGUUGGAGGAAACAUGCAAGUUAUGAUACAACAGAAGAAUAUAAAGAUGUUAAAAUUUCACAAAAAUUCUUAGAUCUUUGGGAUUUGUCAAUUGCAAAACUUUGGACUGAAGCUCGUGAAGAAAUUAAAAAUUGUUAUGAAAAUUGGAGUAAAUUAUCAAUACUUGUUGAAAGAUUUGAAAAAAGAUCACAACAAAUUGCAUUAGAUAAUGAAAGAUUCCAAAGAGUAUUGGAUGAUUUUAAAAUUUCCACACCGGCAAUUUAUUCAAUUGAAAAUUCUGAUAUAAAUUCAAUUAAUGAACAUCUUAGAGUCGUAGGGAAACAUCUUGAUAAUUCAAAAAAUUUAUUAAAUGAUGAAUCUCAAAAUGUUGAAAUUGGUAUAGUGGAAGAUUUCAAAAGUUUUAGUGAUCAUUUAAAUUCUAUAGGGGCAUUAUUUGAAAGAUAUGAAAGAUUAGGUGGGAAUCAAAUUAUUCAAUUAUCAAGAAAAGUUGAAUUUACUCAAUCAAAAUUAAAUGAAUUGAAUGGGAAACCAGAUGUAAGAGGUAAUGAAGUGGAAAGAUAUAGAGAUUCAAUUCGUAAAGAUAAAUUAGAAAUUGAAUUUCAAACAAAUAGAGAUUGGUUGAUUAAAGAAACUAUAUUAUCAGAAUAUGUACUUUUCCAAGAAACUCAAUAUCAAAUUACCAAAAUUUUCCAAGAUUGGGUUGCUGAUAAAGUUAAAUAUAGUGAAUUACAUUCAAAUAAUUGGAGUCAAUUAGCAAAUAGUUUACAAGAUAUGCCAAUAACAAGAGUGGAUUGA